AUGUUGCGGUGCAGCUGGUUUUUGCACUCAGGGUUUCGAAUCCCCACAGGUGAAGAGAUUGAUGGCCAGAUUCUUGUGAAUCGUUUUAGCAGGAGGCGAGGCAAAGGUGGGUGGAUCCCGCGUGCUAUCACUGCGACCCGGUUGCAGGGGUGGGUUGCAAUUGCUGGUAUCCUUGUAGGUGCUGCGGUUUUUAUUGGACCAUGGUUUAUCGAUGAAUAUCGUGAAAUGUUGGGUUACAAGUUCGUGCCGGAGCCGCCGUCAAGCAUGCCACGCAUGUCAACGCAGUGGUGGGAAAAUGAAUGGCGUAAGGGGAACCCACUUUGGCGGGCUGGUGAGAGUACUGUCGAUUUCUACACUGGCGCAUUCGACUUUGUGCGUAAUGUCACAGGUCGCACUUUGUACGAUGCGACCGCGUUCAAACUCUUACAGAAAUCGUCACAGAAACCGUUGCGGCCGCGUGCAUUGGUGCCGCUAUGCGGCGACUCACCAAUUAUAAAGGAACUAGCAGUGCGCGGCUUUGAAGUGGAUGCGAUUGAUGCAUCGGAAACGGCUAUGCGAUCUUGCGUGGAGCGGACGGAACGCGCUCUUCCUCAAGAUGCAUACGACCGGAUCCAUCUUCACUGGAAAGACGUGUUUUCACCGGAGUUAUGGAAUGGUUCACUCAAAAGUGUGAAGUUUGAUUUCAUAUACGAGCGUCAAGGAAUGACUUCGCUUAACCGCGAUCAACGCGAAGACUACGCACUUUUGUUGAAGCAGGCUCUAGCUGAUGAUGGCGUGAUGUACGUAGAGGGGAUAUUUCGCACAGGGAGAGUGAAAGGGAAUAAAAUACGAGGUCCACCUUACUCUCUCUCACGGCGUGAGCUCCAACAACUUUUCCCAGCUGAUGACGGGUACGUGGUACAGUGUGAGGAGACGAACGACGCUAUGACUAAGCUUAGCCGUGAAGACAAGGUGCUGCAACGUGUACCUAAGGAGUUGUAUGUUACUCCUUUUCAUUGUGCAAUAUUUCGCUCGAGGAGUUUAAAUCCGGGGGGUGUGUCCACAUAG